AUGCUCCAUUCGCCCGUGGUCAAGAACCUGUUGCCUUUUAUCAUCGGAGGCGGCUCAGGCUGUAUCGCAACGACUUGCAUUCAACCCGUCGAUGUCGUCAAGGUCCGAAUCCAGCUGGCGGGCGAAGGGACGAAGGGCGGGCCAUCCACAUCUCCAAUUGCCGUGGCACGCGCAAUCGUGGCAGAUGGGAAGUUUUCCGACCUCUGGGCCGGUUGGUCUGCUGGCAUGUUCCGACAACUCACGUAUGCCACCAUGCGACUUGGCUUCUUCGACCGCUUCCUCACCUUCUUCGAAACGCGAGCGCGCGACCAGGGCAAGGCAGUAGGGUUCCGGGAACGAGCUCUGGCGUCACUGUCGGCCGGCGGACUGGCUGCUGGCCUGGCGAAUCCGGCCGAGGUGGCUCUGGUGCGUAUGCAAUCCGAUGGCAUGAAGCCAAAAGCAGAGCGAGCAAACUACCGCUCCGUCUUCGACGCUUUGAUCCGAGUCGCACGGGGGGAAGGACUGCGAGGGCUGUAUAGCGGCUCAUAUCCCACCAUUAUCCGCGCCAUGUCGACCAACUUUGGCCAACUCGCCUUCUUCUCCGAGUCCAAGAGUCAGCUGAAGAAACGCACGAAUCUCUCGUUCCAAAAUCAGACAAUCUUAGCAUCCGGCAUCGCAGGCUUCUUCGCCGCCGUCUUCAGCUUGCCUUUUGAUUUUAUCAAAACCCGGUUACAGCGCGGGUCGAAGGUGGCAGGAGGCCCGCCCGAGUAUAAGGGCAUGCUGGAUUGUGCCACAAAGGUUCUCAAGAACGAGGGACCGCUGCGCUUCUACCGUGGCUUCGGCACUUAUUUUGUUCGAAUUGCGCCGCAUUCAAUCAUCACUUUGAUUGUUGCCGACAACCUUCACGCUAUGGUGAAGAAGGCGCAGGAGCAGUAG